AUGUCACCAUCGCUUCCACCCGAAACUUUAUACCAAAUACUCAGGGAACUUUCAUAUAGUGACUUACGAAGUUGUGUACUGGUCAAUCAUAUAUGGAGUAUAACUGCAAUACAAUUACUUUGGAAAAAUCCAUUUGCUUUUCGAUAUAAUGGACAAAAGAAUUAUCGUCAUGUUGCAGGAAAGGGUAGGCGUAUUGAAUGGUACGAGGACAGUAAACGAUCCCUUGUUGACACAUAUAUAUGGUGUCUCAGCGAUGAAGCUAAGCAUUCUAUUAAGAAUACAGGAGUUGAAAUACCUAGUCAUAUGACAAAAAGGCGACCAAAUUUCAAUUAUCCGUCGAUUUUAACAACACUUAACUUUAUCUACCUCAGUGAUGUUAUUGGAUUUUGGUUACCAGCCACAACGGUUUCAGAUUUUUCUUAUUAUGUAGUUUUUAGAGAAUUAUGCAAAAUGUUUAUGACGAAUUCACCAAGAUUAAAGAUACUCGAAUUCAGUGACACAAAAGCAGCCGAACUUAAGCAUAGAAAGGUUAACAUAUUACCACUCAUAUGUUAUGCACCUGGAGCAAAAGAUUUCUUUUCUAGAAUUGUUAAAAUUACAUGUCACGCUAUUCUCCAAAAUGAAAUUCUUUACGAAUUGGCAUUGGUAGCACAAAAUAUUGAGGAAAUGAAUGUUCAAGAUUGCAAUAAAAAUAAAGAUGCAAUGGCACAAUUUAUUCAAUCACAAACCAAAUUACGAAAGAUUGAAAUUGAAAUUAAUGGACCACCUACAUUUUAUUUGGCCAUUGAACAAGCACUUGAAAGUAAAGCACCUAAUCUUACACACCUUUCAAUCGUUCAUAAAGGAUACUCAUAUGAUUCAUUUAGAUAUUCACUUUCAUGGUUAGUUAAAUGUGAAAAAUUGCAAGAAUUAAAAUUACAUAGCAAAACAGGAUUUUAUGAAAAUUCAUAUCUACAUCAAACAUCAUUGAGAUAUUUUAGAAAUUUAAAAAAAUUAGAAUUUGUUAUUAAUAAUCUUAAUUUAGAUCAUAUUACGAUGAUUAAAAAAACCGAAAAUCGAUUAAGUAGACUCAAAUUAAUUUGGACGCGGGUUAAUUCACCAGAUAUUCCUCAAACUACACCAAUUUUAUUCUCUACAAUCAAUCAAUCGUGUAUAUAUUUGAUUGAAUUAGAAUUAACAGUUGCACCUAUAGCAUUGAUAUUCAUAACGGAAUUAUUCCUCUGUUGUAAAUUUCUUGAAGAAGUCAAAUUACAUGAUGGUAGAAUAAGAAUAUUGGGAGAAACGGAAAUAUUAGAUAUUUCAGAACAUUUAAUUGAUUGGGGAAGUGUGAUACCACGAAGUUUACGAAAAUUAAUAUUCAGGGGUGAUUGGUCAUUUACUUUUAAUGCAUUUCGAAAUUUUAUGGAAGGUUGCGAUAUAAGAUUGUUUGAUAAAAAACUUUUAUUCUUAUUUGAAGCUCUUGAUUCGUGUUUAAUUUCAAGAUGGUUGGGAGUUGUACUUGAUUGCUAUAUAUCGAGUGGAAAGUUGAAUGAAGGCAGUGGAUUUAGAGCUGUUUAG